CACAUGGCGAGAACAUCCUUCGAUGCUUCCCAUUCCCAUUCCUUGUCUCUUCUCCUUCCUUUCUCAACCAUUCUUAUCGCUUUCUCAUCAAAUCGCACAACAUGAGUAAACGGAAAGAGUCAGUGAAGAAUUGUGGUUGGGUGAUGUGUAACAGUGCAAGGGUGGAGAAAGAGAAGCAUGGUGUGGUGGGUUUUACUGUGAGGUGAGAAUUGAGAAAGGUUGGUGUCAAAUUGUGAAGCCACAUGUCUGCACAAGGGCUUUUCUACAACAUGCUUCUUCUUCAUCGAGGUUCUUACUCUGCAACUCAAAUGGGGUUGUAGAUUUCACACACAACGCAACAGAAUAACAAACACAAGGCUAGAGUGAACUCCAGCUCUCAAAUUUCGUGGACAUUGGAGAUGUUGGACGUGAUGUCUUUCAGUUAUCCGUUCCAAACAUUAUUACUAGGUUGUGUAGCUGCUCCUACUCGCAGAUACUUUUGCAGGACAAGGUGGUGCCAUGUUCAAGCCACACCCCCAUCUUCAGUUAUUUUGAAUGCAGAUGAAAGUGGGAAGUUUUCUGAGAAGAUUCAUGCCACAAACCUUGCUUCAGGAAAGGGUGCUCCUUUCGCCACUCAGGGAAGUACUGUGGGUAUAAUUGGAGGGGUGUCUGUGGAUGCCACUCUCAAAUUUUUGAGAAAACUUGUGGAGUUGAGUUCAGAAGAUGGAGGAAAUUCUAUUCCUUUUGUACUGUGUUCUGAUCCUCUCUUUAGUAAGGAGCUUCUGUCCUUUGAAAGGAGUUAUUUUGUUUCUAGCACAAGUAGAGCGGAAAAUUUGAAGCUGGAUUCUUCUCCGAUUGUGGAGAGUCUCAGAAACAAGAGGGUUUUUCUUGAGAAUUCUGGGGCCAGUUGCAUAGUCAUGCCUUGUAAUGUGUCACAUUCUUGGUAUGAACAAGUGUGCGAGGGAUGUUCUGUUCCUGUUCUUCACAUGGCCGAGUGUGUUGCCAAGGAGCUCAAGGAAGCUAAGCUAAAGCCUCUUGAAGCCGGUAGUCCUUUGCGGAUUGGAGUGCUAGCAACAAAUGCAACUCUGGCAGCUGGUUUUUAUAAAGAGAAGCUUCAAAAUGAAGGGUUUGAGGUUGUACUGCCUGAUAGAGCAACAAUGGAGCAUACAGUGAUACCUGCAAUUGAAGCUUUGAACAGAAAGGACAUGGAAGGAGCAUGCAAUCUAUUGAGAAUUGCACUUCAAGUUCUUUUGGUGAGAGCAGCAAAUUCUGUUAUUCUUGCUUCUGAUGAUAUGCGGGACCUCUUGCCCCCAGAUGAUCCUCUUCUCAAAAAAUGUGUUGACCCAAUGGACGCAUUAGCCAGGUCAACUGUAAAAUGGGUAAAAUCCUCUGGGCACAUAAUACAUGAAUAACAAAGGAAAGCUACUACUGUAUUUCACUGUGUAUCAAUAUUCUUCUGAUUUCAUUCACAUCGUUCAUUUCAUUAAUGCAAACUCUUGUAUUCACCAUGCUGAAGAUGUAUGUCGGUUUUCAGAGCAUGUAUUGCUUUAUAUCGAUGCGCAAAUCACUGUUAUUUGAGCUU